AUGGCAACGCGCCCGCUGCGCCCGAUCCCCAUUGGCUCGCGGGCUCGGCCAAUCAGGAGGCACGGCGCCGCGCAUGCGCAGUCCCCGCCCCCAGCGUUGCCGUGGAGACGCGGCGGCCCUCGGGGGGCCCGCGCAGGCCACGCCCCCUUUACCAUUCACCAUCACCCGCUCCGCCCCUCGGCCAGGCCACGCCCCCCCGCCCCGGGGUCUCCCAUGGCCCCCCCCUGGCCCCCGCUGGCCCUGGGGCUCCUCUUCUUCCCGGGGCUCUUCCUGCUGGCCCGGGCGCUGCUGCGCAGGCGAUGCCCAGAGCCACACGCGGUCAUCCUGGCCGCCAGGUUGGUCUCCUCGGUUCAGGCCGUGAUGGCCUCCACGGCCGGGUUCAUCAUCGCCUCCUCCUGCCAGCACGUCAUUGACGACGAGCACUGGCUGGCCGAGGCCUACCCCGCCUUCGCCGUGCCCUACUUCCUCUAUGACGUCUACGCCAUGUUCCUGUGCCACCGGCACCGCGCAUGCGUCAAAGGUCACGAGACCGCCCCGGCCCCGCCCCCCCGCGCAGCCGCCGUCGCCUUCCUGCGCCGGGAGCCCCUCCUCGUCCUGCAUCACGUGACCAUGGUGCUCGUCUGCUUCCCCGUGGCCUGC